AUGAGUUGUAUAUGCGUGUUGAUAGAUGAUGAAUAUCAUCCUCUAUUCGUAAAUGAACUUUACGAACUGUUGAUACAUGGUGAUCAAACCAACGAAUCUUUGCAUCUCGCUGCACAUUCGAAGAUAUUCAAAUCCACAAGCCGUCAUCAAAUCGCAGAUAUCAUCGGAACAGACCUACAGCUUUCAAAGAAAAGACUCAAAAACAAGAUCCAUCAAGAUGGUAGACGAUUCAAGCAAGGACAUACCGAUCCAAGGCCAAGUGUUGUUAUAAAAUCCAAAACUGUAUCCGAUAGUGAUUAUCAACGGGCCAUGCCCGAUCGUUGUAGUGGAUGCCGUACAAAGUUUAAUUUUAAAGUUGUUGAUUUUAUGAGUUGGUUAACUCGUUUACUGUUCACUGUUACUGAUUGUCUGUUGUUGAGCGUUUGUAGAACUAGAUCCUGUACAAUGUUGUUGUUUGUUUUAGAGUACUCAACUCAAACAAAUCUACUCUCUUACUUUGAGAGAUCAAGCAUGAAAUUCUGCUCACAUUAUUUAAAAAGAUAA